AUGAAGACGGAGUUUAAGUUCUCCAAUCUCUUAGGGACUGUUUACAGCCAAGGAAACCUUCUAUUCAGUCCAGAUGGAACAUGUCUCUUUUCUCCAGUCGGAAACAGAGUUACAGUUUUUGAUUUAGUGAACAAUAAGUCACAUACACUUCCAUUUGCACAUCGAAAAAAUAUAGCAAGAUUAGGACUUGCGCCGCAAGGAAAUUUACUGCUUUCCGUUGACGAAGAUGGCCGCGCGAUAUUGACCAAUGUACCGAGACGAAUCGUUCUUCACCACUUUUCCUUCAAGUCGACUGUAUCAGCUAUAUCGUUCUCUCCAUCUGGGCGCCAUUUUGCUGUAGGAGUUGGGCGAAUGAUCGAAGUAUGGCACACACCUUCAACACCGGACACAAAUUCAGAGGGGGAAUUGGAGUUUGCGCCAUUCGUUCGACAUAGAGUAUACUCUGGCCAUUAUGAUACCGUUCAAAGUAUCGAAUGGUCUAGCGAUUCACGUUUCUUCCUUAGUGCAGCAAAAGAUUUGACUGCCCGAAUAUGGAGCUUGGAUCCAGAGGAUAGUUUUAUACCUACAACAUUAGCGGGCCACAGAGAAGGUGUCAUGGGCGCUUGGUUCUCAAAAAACCAGGAGACUAUUUACACUGUUAGUAAGGAUGGAGCGGUGUUUCAAUGGGCAUACACACGGAAUCCAAAUGCUCCAGAGCCAGAGGAUGAAGAUAUGGAAGAUGCGGAUAAUGAUUCGCACACACAAUGGAGAAUUACGGAACGACAUUACUUCUUACAAAACAACGCCAAGGUCAAUUGCGUGGAAUACCACGCCGAAACGAAUCUUUUGGUUGCUGGAUUCUCGAAUGGUGUCUUUGGACUCUACGAAAUGCCAGAAUUCAACAUGAUUCACACCUUGAGUAUCUCACAAAAUGAUAUUGACUUUGUCACGAUUAAUAAGUCUGGAGAAUGGCUUGCAUUUGGAGCUUCAAAGCUGGGGCAACUUUUAGUCUGGGAAUGGCAAUCCGAAUCAUACAUCUUGAAGCAACAAGGCCAUUUCGAUUCGAUGAAUUCUUUAGUAUACUCUCCGGACGGACAAAAGAUUAUCACUACUGCAGACGACGGAAAGAUCAAGGUCUGGGAUGUGAAUACUGGUUUCUGUAUAGUGACCUUUACAGAACACACCAGUGGGGUCACGGCUUGUGAAUUUGCGAAGAGAGGAAAUGUUCUCUUCACAUCAAGUCUUGAUGGGUCAAUUAGAGCUUGGGAUUUGAUUAGAUAUCGAAAUUUCCGAACCUUCACAGCUCCUACUAGGCUUUCUUUCUCAUCUUUAGCUGUUGAUCCUAGUGGCGAAGUUGUUUGCGCUGGAUCUUUAGAUUCUUUUGAUAUCCAUAUCUGGUCUGUACAGACUGGGCAAUUAUUAGACAGACUAUCAGGUCACGAGGGGCCUGUAUCAUCACUGGCUUUUGCGCCAAAUGGAGGUGUAGUAGUCAGUGGUAGUUGGGAUCACACUGUUAGAAUCUGGUCAAUCUUCGAUCGGACACAAACAAGCGAGCCACUUCAACUUCAAGCUGAUGUCCUCGAUGUUGCAUUCCGUCCCGAUUCCCUACAACUCGCAGUCUCAACUCUCGAUGGGCAAUUGACGUUUUGGUCGGUUUCAGAAGCCGAACAACAAUCUGGCGUUGACGGACGAAGAGACGUAUCGGGUGGUCGAAAAAUAACCGAUCGACGAACCGCCGCUAAUGCUGGGGGUAACAAGAGUUUCGGCUCCCUUAGAUACAGCGCAGAUGGUUCUUGUGUUCUGGCAGGGGGUAACAGCAAGUACAUAUGUUUGUACUCGGUCUCAUCCCUUGUAUUGUUGAAGCGAUUCACUGUCAGCGUCAACUUGUCCCUAUCUGGAACCCAAGAAUUCCUCAACAGUAAAUUAUUGACCGAGGGUGGACCGGCCGGCCUCAUUGACGAACAAGGCGAAGCAUCAGAUCUCGAAGACCGCAUCGAUCGAACUCUUCCAGGGUCAACCCGUGGUGGAGAUCCUUCUGCACGCAAGAGACUCCCCGAAGUUCGCGUUGCCGGUGUGGCCUUCUCCCCAACAGGAAGAUCCUUCUGCGCAGCUUCCACCGAAGGUCUUCUCAUAUACAGCUUAGACACCAUGCCCCUCUUCGACCCCAUCGAUCUCGAUCUAGCCGUCACCCCCGCCUCCACCAUGCACGUUCUCCAAAUCGACAAAGACUAUCUCAAAGCCCUCGUCAUGGCCUUCCGUCUCAACGAAGCACCACUCCUCCGCCAAGUCUUCGAAGGUAUCCCCCAUCCCAACAUCGCUCUCGUCGUCGACGAAUUACCUAUAGUAUAUAUCCCCCGUCUCCUACGUUUCGUCGCCAUGCAAACGGAAGAAAGUCCACAUCUAGAAUUUUGUCUCUUGUGGGUUCAAGCCAUUCUCAUUUCGCACGGCCAAUGGGUGGGCGAUAAUCGCAUCUUGGUAGACGCGGAGUUGAGGAUUGUAGGGAGGGCAGUGGGAAGAAUCAGAGAUGAUCUGAGGAGGUUGGCGGAUGAAAAUGUUUAUAUGAUUGAUUAUCUUCUUAAUCAACCGGUUGAUAAGGGGGUGCUGGAUGGCGUGGAUGCUCUGAUGGGGGGAAAUGUUGAGAAAGUUGUAGAUGUUAAUGAUGAUGAUGAAGAGCCUGAAUGGAUUGGCCUGGAUUAG